GGAGGGGCCCCCGGGUGCCGGGCUGGGGCCGGCGCGGGGAGGGGGAAAGGGAUGGGGGGGCGGGCGCAGAGGACGGCGGAGCCGGCCGGACACGGACUGUUCCGUUGCUCCCUCCCUCAGCUCAUCCCCGCGUCCCCACUUCCCUCCUCCCCUCGCUCCGAGCAGCAUCCUCUGCAGACCCUCGGUCCUCAUUCCCGGGGUCGUCCGGCUCCCGCGGCUCCGUGUAAUUACCCCUCUUCACUGGCCAACCCGGAAACUUUCUCCGCCCGCUCCCGGCCGUGGGGGGUCGCUUUGCCUGGGCGGAUUUUUCCUGGGGUUCACUGGGGGGCAGUCUCUGGAGAAGGGCCUCAGGGUUCCAGAGAGACGUCUGCCACCUGCAACCUGCCCCCAGCGGGCCUGCCGUCGGGUCUUGGCACCCUCUCUUCCGCUCUCCCCCAACCAUGACCGAAAUGAGCGAGAAGGAGAACGAACCGGAUGACGCGGCCACCCACACCCCCCCGGGGACCGUCUCUGCCCUCCAGGAAACCAAGGUUGUGGUUGGUGGGAUCCAGGCCUUGGACGGGGGCCUGCCGACCCCGACCCCCUCCCCCUGCCCCAUCCCACGGCCCCUGGCACCACUCAAACCAGUAAGACUGCACAGCUUCCAGGAACACGUCUUCAAGAGAGCCAGCCCCUGUGAGCUCUGCCACCAGCUCAUCGUGGGAAACUCCAAGCAGGGUUUGCGGUGUAAGGCGUGCAAAGUGAGUGUCCACCUCUGGUGCUCGGAGGAGGUCUCCCAGCAGCCGUGCCCCGGCAAGGCGUCCUCCUCCUUCCGUCGCAACUUCAGCUCCCCGCUCCUGGUGCAUGAGCCACCCCCAGCCUGUGUCACAAGCAGAGAGUCCCCACCCACUGGGGCCAGCGGGAAGGUAGACCCCGUCUACGAGACCCUGCGCUAUGGCACCUCCUUGGCUCUGAUGAACCGCUCCAGCUUCAGCAGUACCUCUGAGUCCCCCACGCGAAGCCUGAGUGAGCGGGACGAGCUGACUGAGGAUGGGGAAGGCAGCAUCCGCAGCUCAGAGGAGGGCCCUGGAGACAGUGUAUUCACAGCCCCGGCCGAGAGUGAAGGGUCAGGACCGGAGGAGAAGAGCCCCAGACAGCAGCCCCCCAAGCCCCCUCUGCGAAAGGACGUGGGGCCCAUGUACUCCUACGUCGCGCUCUACAAGUUUCUGCCCCAAGAGAAUAAUGACCUGGCUCUGCAGCCUGGGGACCGGAUCAUGCUGGUGGAUGACUCUAACGAGGACUGGUGGAAGGGCAAGAUUGGCGACCGGGUUGGCUUCUUCCCAGCCAAUUUUGUGCAGCGAGUCAGGCCAGGUGAGAACGUUUGGCGCUGCUGCCAACCCUUCUCUGGGAACAAGGAACAGGGGUACAUGAGCCUCAAGGAGAACCAGAUCUGUGUGGGCGCGGGCAGGAGCAAGGAUGCUGACGGCUUCAUCCGCGUCAGCAGCGGCAAGAAGCGGGGCUUGGUGCCAGCCGACGCCCUGACCGAGAUCUGAGAGGAGCCAAGAGAAGCCAGAUGCCACCCCUGCCCAUGCCUGGCGCUUGCUUCUGGCCCCGGAGGGGAACAGGCAUCUGCCCACACUCUUCUGUCCCCUGCCUCUCUCCUAGGGGCCACUCCCCGGCACUUGGGAGCCUUCUGCACUGAGGAAGGUUUUAUUUCUUGGGUCCCAAGGUGCCCUGAGGGAGUUGCUCCUCUGGGACUUGGGCAUGAGGAAGGAGGAGAAAGUGGGAGGGAAUGGGGAAGCUCCAGGUAGGUCCAGCCAAUGCCCGGAUACCCCCAGUUGCCACGCUGAGUGCAGCCCCGGGGAGGGGGGCGUUCCUGGGGAACUUUCCUGCUGCUUUGUCCAGAGAGCCUUCCCACGUCCACACCGCCUUUGCAUGCCCGACACCAUCCCCCUCUCCCCACAGAGCCCCUGCUUGGGUCUAUGUGUGUGACCCUGCGGCUGCCCCUUUGGAAGGAAGCGGGGCCUUGGGAAGGUGCCUUCCCGAGUCCCGCAGCCCCCCGCCGCCCGGGGUUGGGAGGCGAUUCAGGGCUGCAGGAGGAUCCUGAGUCCACCUCCUGGUUUCACCACCUCUGUCACUCUAUCAAUUCUCAGGAAAGUUCUGUGGGAAUCUCUCCCCUUACUUGAAACCCAGGCAGACAGAGGGGGGUGGGGAGGGCCAUGUUCUGGGGAAAGCGUGGGUAAAUCAGAGACUGUCUCCUCAAGAACAGUCACCACAGAGCAGCCUCAUCAUGUCCUUGUCCCCUGGAGAAGGACCCUCCAGAGCAGCCUGCACACAGAAACCCGACUGAGCCCGUACUUGGUCAGAACCCCCAUUUCACUGUCAGGACUCUCUCGAAGUCCCCGGUGGCAGGGCCGGCCAGCCUGGGGAGCUGUGCUUACUUCCUGUCCCAGGUCUCACGAGGCCCACCCUGGGAGCCCCACCCUCAGGGCCCCCCUCCAUAUGGCCCUUCCUCACCCCCUUCCUCUGAGCCUUGCAGGAAACACUGGGACCCCUUCUUCAGUGCAGGGAUCCCUCUUCUGGCUGUAUCUGCGCCCUUAUCCUGAACACGGAGUCCUGGGAGGAAGAGGGAGUGGGAGAUGGUCAAGGCAGGCCCAUCAUUCUGUUUGGCCACCAGGAAAGGAAUGGGGUAGGCACCCUGGGGGUGGGGUGGGCACAUAUGAGGAGGACCCCUCCGUCGCAGGUUGCUUUUCUCUGGUGCCAACCUCCCUCUCCCCCCAAGCUCAGAGCCUCCUCUCGUGCCCUUGAUUGUGCCAGCCAAUGCCAGCCCCCAUCCCGGGCACAGUCACACCUUCCCAUACAGGGGGAGGGACACAUCCUCCUACCCACUGGCCCCGGCUCCACUUCUCCCCCUCGGAGGGGGGCUCAAGCCACACUGCCCUGUUUGCUGCCACGGCCCCCCCCCAGCAAUAUCCCAGGGGGGGCCCAAUGCCCACUGUACAUGAGGCUGCAUGAGGGGUCUGCUGGGGCAUUACUGAGCCCCUAGACCCUUAAAUAAAUGUUUCU